GAAUGCAUUUAAAUCCAAACUCUUAAACUUGUCAACAGAAAACAAUUAUAUUUUGUCCCAAUGUCCCGGAAGUUUGACUGAAGGACCUGAAUGCAUUUCUGGACUUGAACCAUGAACCGAUUCGACUGGACAGUCACUCACUUCGAAGACUCGAAUCAGCAGCACGACUCUUAUUUGCCAUCUUGCCGUCUUUGCGUUACUUCCUGUUCGACCCUCCAGGCAGCUUACCAUAAUGGGAGUGUCAGAACAAAGGGCAGGGUAGAAGGAAUCUGCAAUGGGAGGUUUGUUUCGAAUUUGGUCUCUACGAAAAACAGCGCUUAUAUUUACUUUGGAAACCUUCUUGGAACAGCUGCAAGCUGACAGCCGGUUCUUGAAGGCUGAUCGGCGUCUAGAUACAGAGGUAGUAGACAGACUCAUCCUUCAACUGAACAGGAUCUACCCCCAGGUUCUCACCGACAAUGAGGCCAAAAAGUUCAGGGAUCUGGACGUCCCCACCUGCAUUCGGCUGGCCGAACUCCUGACACACUUGCAAGUGAAGGGUGAGGAGGCGUGCCGUGAGUUCUACCGAGCGCUACAUCUUCACGUGGAGGAGGUGUACUUUGGCCUGCCUACACGCCUCCGCCGUAGAGAAUCUAUAGACCUAGUCAUUAGUCCAGCAUCCACCCCUAGACAGAGAUUUGUGCUAAAUGACAGAGGUCCUUUGUUUUUCCUAAGCUGCUUCAGCGUGGCAGUAGGUGUAGCGCUUCUGUAUUACUGUGGAGAGUCCAAAGGGGCAGGCGGCACCAGCAGGGCUCUGGGCCUGGCGGCUCUCGGUCUGGGGCGCCGAGUCCGGGAGGUUUUGAUAUGGUACACAGAGGACCCUAUUCCAAAGUAGUCCAACUUCACGUUAACCAACAAAACAUCCGAUUGCACACAGGACACUUCCAAAACAUCUCAUGGUGUCAAAUUUGUACCGAAAUCAGGGGAUUCACAACUUUUAUGUCAUAUUUGCAAUGCAUUAUUUGUACACAUGCAAUACAUAGUAUACUUUUUUUAUGCAUGCCUUGGCAUUGGCUCCUAUGAUGGAGGCUCUUGUAGAUUAGCACAUUUCUGUAAGGUGUAUGCCUUUUUCAAUGCAUAAGGGCUGUAUGCAUUCUUGGGGCAAUUGACCUUUGUUUGCUCGGUUUACAUAACUAAUUGUAACAGAGAAAAUGAAUCAUAGAUUGUCUGCCUCAUUAUAUUUUCCACUACAUAUUCUUAGUGGGAAGUGUGCUCUUGGGUUUGUUUAAUUAGAUAUCUUUGACAUGAAGGGAAUGUAUUUAUUUAGAAAUCCUAUGGGUUGCAUACCUGUUACUUAAACUUGUCUCGGAAAAUCAUUGGAGCAACAGUCUAACUAGAGAAUAUAUCUCUGCAUAACAUGCUGCGUAUUAAGAUGGACUUUAAUCUACAGUCCACUAAGUAGCUUAAUCCGUCUUCUGCCAUUUUGGACACAUCAGAGAGAAACCUGAAGAUGCCUUUUUAUUUUAAAUGUAACUUACAACCUUCUUGUACUAGUCUCACAAAGAAAUGAUCAAGGUCCAGAAAAAAAUCUACUUUUUCAUACUGUCAUAAUCCAAACAAAUGCAUAAACAAUGACUGUUCAAGUGCAAACCUAGCCAUACAAAAAUCUUGCAGUGGAGUUUACUUAUGUCAGUAUAGUGGCAGGGACAUGUCUUCAGUACAAGUUGAAGGCUUCCUUAAUUUUCGCAAUCAAAGUAGUUGAUUCUUAUUUAUACAGUCUGUACUUCCAUAACAGUCCUCUUGACCUGCAGGUGAUUGCUCUUCAUGGAUUACAUGCUCCUUGUGGCCUUAACCUUUUUCAGCUCUGGGCUGUCAAAUAUAUAUUUUUUAUGUGUUUUCUAAUAUUUUGUUUUCUUGCUGACAUUCAGUAAAACUACACACUACGCCUG